UCGAGCUGUAGCCUAGUAAUCCGGAGUGUCGCCAUUGUUGCUGGCAAAUCCUUUGCUUCCUCCCUUGUCUUCCCCUCACUAAGCGGUUUGACAAUGACUGAACGUUAGCCGGCUUUGUUGGCUUUGAUGCCGAUUGUGCAUAGGUAGAUUUAGCUCGGAGUAUGCAACAUUUAUCUAAGACUCUCCUUAUUUUUACAUCAUUGUGGUGGUUGCCCGAUGGCGUCUUCUCCAGCAUUUUAUGUUCAGGAACAUCACCCCGAUGUUCGUGUUCAGCUCCUUCUAGCGGAGUAGAAAUUGUGUGCUGGCGUUAUCUGGAUUCUCUGCCACAAUCCUGGCCAUUCCUCACCAAGAAAAUCCGAGUUGAAUACGGAAAAUUCUCUGACAUUCCCUCGAAAACGUUUUCGUCGGCACCAUAUGUGUCCUCAUUAUAUCUCACGAAUGGCCGGCUGAAGACUCUUCGUUCGGAUAGUUUCUCCGGCCUCGUGCGGCUGAAUCUUUUGGACCUCACGAAUAACCAGCUCACCACCCUACCCUAUUACACCGCUUUCCAGUUUGUCAGUCAGCUCACUCUAACUGGCAAUCCUCUGAACUGCUACUGUUCAUCACGGUCACUACUCUUGCCCUACGUCAGCAAGUACAGCAGCAGAGGUUUGAAGGACAGCAUCUGCUAUCAGCCAGCGUCUCAGCGAGGAAAUGUCCUGGUGACGGCAGUUUCAAGAAACUUGAUCUGCUAUUGUGGUGACCCAGGAACACCAAGUGGUGCUAGCCGGUCUGUGUCUGGCAGCUUCUACUACUCUGCAAGUGUUUCCUACACGUGCAAGACUGGGUAUCGAUGGAAUGGUGGCUCAACACGAAGGUCGUGCCAGGAUAAUGCAGAAUGGAGCGGCUCUGCUAUCGUCUGCCUCCUGGUUAACUGUGGCGAUCCAGGUUGGCCCAGCUCCGGAUUAAGGUUUGGAUUAUUCUUCAACUACGGCAAUGUCGUCACGUUCUCCUGCCUUGUUGGCUAUACACUGGACGGAGCAUCGGAAAUCGAUUGCUUUUCGUCGGGGAAGUGGAGCGCAACCACGCCAAAGUGCACGCUGACAUCAUGUCCCAAGCUGACGCUAGAACCGUACGUCAUUGCUUCCAGCCUGGACAAGAGAGGCGUGGGCACCACCGUGUAUUUUGCCUGUCCGACUGGCUUCACGCGGUACGGGAGCUGGUCAAUCAAUUGCUUGUUCGGCGGUAAGUGGAGUGCGUCCGUGCCGAAAUGCACGCCGGUAGUGUGCAGCUUGCCCAGUAUUGACGACGUCACCGUUCUGGUGUCCGUCAAUCGUACCUACACUGGACGACUUGUGGUGACUUGCAAGAUUGGAUAUGCUCGCGGUGGUGGUGGUGAUGUCGUGCGCACCUGCCUCAGCUCUGCAAAGUGGUCAGGAACGGGAUUGUCUUGCAAAGCUGUAUCCUGCGGUGAUCCUGGCUCAGGACCAUAUCUCUCACGCAGUGGUACAGAUUUCACCUACAGCAAAUCUGUGUCAUAUUCUUGUCCCAAGGGGUUUUCCCUUGAAGGUGCUCACCUCUUAGUAUGCAAGUAUGAUGGCAAGUGGAGUGGCAAUCCACCAGUGUGCACACCCGUGAAGUGCUCCACGAUGCCCAAGCUACCAGUGAGCGCCCACAUUGUCUCCACUAAUGCUACGUACCUUGGCAAGGUGAUGGCCAGCUGUGACAAGGGGUUCACCUUCGCUGCACUGGGCGUGUCGCCAAUGCAAAUUUCCUCUACAUGCUUGGAGACUGGCAAGUUUACAGACUUCUCAUUCUUGUGCAAAGUUGUGACAUGUGGUCUUCCCGUGCCACUUGCUAACGCCGCUUACACGCUCACCUCAGUGACAUACAGGGGUUCAGCCACCUACCGUUGCCUGUCUGGUUACCGCAGUUCUGGCGGCAUGACUGUCUACUGCUCUGACGAUGGCAAGUGGACUAAUGUGCUGGGAAAAUGUACCGUUGUAGAGUGUCCAGUGCUCACCUUGUCUACGGGCUUACUUAUCAGCACUCUCCUGAGGAUGUACGGCACUACCAUCUAUGUAAACUGUAUGGCUGGGUACUAUCUGAGUGGCCGCACCGUGUUCAGUGGCAUCUCCUAUGUCAAGGUGCACUGCUUGGCGGACGGUACCUGGGAUGAUCCACUGCCAGCAUGCAAGUCUGUUCACUGCUCACCCCUGCGCCAGGUGACUUGGGCUCAGCAAACGUCCACCGACACUGUCUACAAUACCGUCACUCAGUACACGUGUGCACGCGGUUUCCAACUGUAUGGGUCGUCCCUGCUGCGCUGCUUGUCGACGGGCAAGUGGAGCGCGUCCACUCCGGUCUGCCAUCCCGUUACAUGUUCCAUGGCAGCGCUCACCUAUCCCAAACACUCUCUUCUGACCAGCAGCAAUGCUUCAUACCUCGGAUUAGCCGUGUUUAGUUGCAAGGCAGGAUUCUCGGCGGAAGCCAGGCUUGUCAAGAUCUGUCAGAGCGAUCGACAGUGGUCAUCACUGAAACAUGACUGCAAAGAUGUGGAUGAGUGUACUACCGGCACACACAAGUGUAGUGUGCAUACUGAAUGCAGUAAUACCGCUGGCAGCUAUAUUUGCACCUGUACAGCUGGAUUCACUGGCUCUGGAUUUGCUUGCUCUGAGGUUGACUGCGGAGUACUGACGACACCAGUGCACGGAACAUUGUCAGCCAUUGGCUGGACGUACGGCAAAGCAGCAGCAUACAGUUGCAAUACGGGGUUUGUACUGAGUGGUUCGCCAUCAGUUCGGUGUCUUGAAGAUGGCAAAUGGAGUACCCCAUCACCAGUAUGUCAUCCUGUCCAAUGUCCUGGUCUCAAGGAACCAGCUCAUUCACAUCUGAGUAGUACUAAUAGAACAUACACAAGUGUAGUGAAGUCAAGUUGCUCCAUUGGUUAUCAAACAAUCACUGGUGAUGAUGUACGGAAAAUCCAAUGUUUAUCAACAGGUGUGUGGAGUGGUCAACUAACAGACUGUGAAAUUGUAGAAUGUCCAGUUCUUCUGGUUCCGGCAUCAGUUGUGGAAGUGCAACGUGAUGAGAAGUAUGGUGGUUUACUGAUUUGGAAAUGUGCGAACGGUUUUGUGUAUGGUUCUGGCACCGAGCAACGGAAAUGUGGUGCAGAUGGUGAAUGGAGUGGAUCAGCAUUGCAAUGCACAGAUACGAAUGAGUGUUUGGAAAGGUCACAUGACUGUAGCAAGUAUGCACUAUGCCAUAACAAACUGGGAGCACAUGAUUGUAUUUGUAUGAGAGGUUAUGAUGGUGAUGGGAAAGUCUGCAAAGCCAAAUCCUGUGGGCACCCUGGACAUACUGCAUACAGUGUAAUGUCUGGUACAGACUAUACAUACAGUAAGACAGUGAAGUACAUGUGUAGCCGUGGUUACGUGAUGCGUGGUCAUGGUUACUUGACGUGCCAGGCGGAUGGUACAUGGAAUGGGUCCUUACCAGUUUGUCACCGUAUGCAGUGUCCUGACUUAGCUCCAUCAUCAUGGUCACAUGUCAAUAGUUCUAACUUCACCUAUGGCAGUGUAGUGAGAUUUAGUUGUGAUGAAGGAUUCACACUAUUGGGAUUAUCCAGUAUGUUACAGUGUCUGUGGAAUGGUAAAUGGAGCAAUGCACCACCAACAUGUAAACCAGUUGAAUGUAAUGAUCCUAUUGCUGCUACAAACAUGCUGGUGGUUAGUGUGAAUGUUACAUUUGGCGGUUACGCAAUGUUCCGCUGUCAAUCUGGAUAUGCUGCUAGUAGUGGGCAGAAACUUGUCAGUCAGUGUUUUUGGAACAAGACCUGGUCUUUGAAUGCCGGUCUUUGCUUGGAUGUUGAUGAAUGUGAGAAGUCUUUACAUGGUUGUAGCAUCAAUGCACGUUGUGUGAAUCAAGAGCCAUCAUACACAUGUACCUGUCAUGCUGGAUAUAGAGGAGAUGGUCACCAGUGUUCCAUCAUUGAAUGCAGUAAACCUGAAGCACUAGCACAUGGCUCAGUACAGGGAAGCAGUUUUGUGUAUCGCAGCAAUGUGAAAUACAGCUGUAUGGACGGGUUUGAACUAGUGGGAAAUCUGGAAUCUUGGUGCCUGGCUUCGGGACAGUGGAGUUCUUCAACACCAACAUGCUCUCCGGUCCAGUGUUCCCGUCUUGUAGCUACACGUCAUAGCUCUCUGAACACUACUAACCAUACAUACAGUAGUGUAGUGGAGGUUCUAUGUGAUCUGGGAUAUACACUACCAUCAUCAUCAUCAUCACCUGUGUCCUCAGUAUCAUCAACUACUGUAUGCCUGUCCAGUGGUGUAUGGAGCAGAACAUUGGCAAAGUGUCAAGUUAUUGAAUGUGCAGGAAUUGUUCCAGCUUCGUCAGUGCAACAAGUCAGCAUUGUGAAGACCUACGGUGGUAAUGCUGUGUGGAAGUGUGCAUCUGGAUUUGUGAAAACCAGUGGAAAUGAGAUACGGAGUUGCCAAGCAGGUGGAACAUGGUCGGGAACUGAACUAGCAUGUAGAGACUUGGAUGAAUGCAGUGGAAAGUCACAUGACUGUAGUGUAUAUGCUCGCUGUCAUAACAGCCAUGGUUCUCAUUACUGCAAGUGUUGGCAUGGUUACGGCGGUGAUGGGAAGCUGUGUACAGCAAUAUCAUGUGAAGAUCCCGGUAUUCCUCAGUACUGCAGUCGUAUUGGCUGGAACUUCACCUUUUCCCGAUCACUGCAGUAUGAGUGUAAACGAGGAUUCCUGAUGACUUCUGGAUCAGCACACUUGUCAUGUCAGGCUGAUGGUCAGUGGAAUGGCACUUUACCGACGUGUCGUCCGGUACUGUGUCCAGAACUGAGAACACCAGCUUGGUCAAAACGUAACAGCUCCAACUUUACCUAUUCCAGUGUGGUGAUGUUUGGAUGUGCUGGUGGAUUUGAGCUUGUUGGUUCAGCUGAGCUUGACUGCCUGUGGACUGGAGAAUGGAGUAACUCUCCACCGAAAUGUCAGGCAAUGAAAUGUGGCAGUGUUAGCAUCGCGAAUGCCGGCAUAGUUAUGGUGAAUGAUUCGUUCUCUGGCCAUGCUGUUUUCAAGUGUGAUAUUGGAUACUCUAGCCAUGGUCUAAAUAUCACUUUACAAUGCCUUUCAAGUGGACAUUGGUCAUCAUCAUCUGACUCCUGUGUUGAUGUGAAUGAAUGUUUGAUUGGCACACACAAAUGUAGUGUACACGCACGGUGUGAGAAUAGUCCUGGAAUUUACAAAUGCCUAUGUCACACUGGGUAUACUGGGAAUGGAUUCUCUUGUAAAGAGGUUGACUGCGGAGUACUGACGACACCAGUGCACGGAACAUUGUCAGCCAUUGGCUGGACGUAUGGAAAUUCAGUAACUUACAGUUGCAAUACUGGAUUUGUACUGAGUGGUGCGCCAUCAGUCUGGUGUCUUGUAGAUGGCAAAUGGAGUUCCCCAUCACCAGAAUGUCAUCCUGUCCAAUGUCCUGGUCUCAAGGAACCAGCUCAUUCACAUCUGAGUAGUACUAAUAGAACAUACACAAGUGUAGUGAAGUCAAGUUGCUCCAUUGGUUAUCAAACAAUCACUGGUGGUGAUGUACAGAAAAUCCAAUGUUUAUCAACAGGUGUGUGGAGUGGUCAACUAACAGACUGUGAAAUUGUAGAAUGUCCAGUUAAUCUGGUUCCGACGUCAGUUGUGGAAGUGCACCGUGAUGAGGAGUAUGGUGGUUUACUGAUUUGGAAAUGUGCGGACGGUUUUGUGUAUGGUUCUGGCACCGAGCGACGGAUAUGUGGUGCAGAUGGUGAAUGGAGUGGAACAGCAAUGCAAUGUACAGAUACGAAUGAGUGUUUGGAAAGGUCACAUGACUGUAGCAAGUAUGCACUAUGCCAUAACAAACUGGGAGCACAUGAUUGUGUUUGUUUGAGAGGUUAUGAUGGUGAUGGGAAAGUCUGUAAAGCCAAAUCCUGUGGACACCCUGGACAUACUGCAUACAGUGUAAUGUCUGGUACAGACUAUACAUACAGUAAAACAGUGAAGUACAUGUGUAGCCGUGGUUACGUGAUGCGUGGUCAUGGUUACUUGACGUGCCAGGCGGAUGGUACAUGGAAUGGGUCCUUACCAGUUUGUCACCAUGUGCAGUGUCCUGACUUAGCUCCAUCAUCAUGGUCACAUGUCAAUAGUUCUAACUUCACCUAUGGCAGUGUAGUGAGAUUUCGUUGUGAUGAAGGAUUCACACUAUUGGGAUUAUCCAGUAUGUUACAGUGUCUGUGGAAUGGUAAAUGGAACAAUGUACCACCAACAUGUAACCCAGUUGAAUGUAAUGAUCCUAUUGCUGGUACCAACAUGCUGGUGGUUAGUGUGAAUGUUACGUUUGGCGGUUACGCAAUGUUCCGCUGUCAAUCUGGAUAUGCUGCUGCUGGUAGUGGGCAGAAACUUGUCAGUCAGUGUUUGUGGAAUAAAACCUGGUCUGUGAAUACUGGUCUCUGCUUGGAUGUUGAUGAAUGUGAGAAGUCCGUGCAUGAUUGUAGCAUCAAAGCACGUUGUGUGAAUCAAGAGCCAUCAUACACAUGUACAUGUCAUGCUGGAUAUAGAGGAGAUGGUCACCAGUGUUCCAUCAUUGAAUGCAGUAAACCUGAAGCACCAGCACAUGGCUCAGUACAGGGAAGCAGUUUUGUGUAUCGCAGCAAUGUGAAAUACAGCUGUAUGGACGGGUUUGAACUAGUGGGAAAUAUGGAAUCUUGGUGCCUGGCUUCCGGACAGUGGAGUUCUUCAACACCAACAUGCUCUCCAGUCCAGUGUUCCCGUCUUGUGCCUACAAGUCAUAGCUCUCUGAACACUACUAACCAUACAUACAGUAGUGUAGUGGAGGUUCUAUGUGAUCUGGGAUAUACACUACCAUCAUCAUCAUCAUCACCUGUGUCCUCAGUAUCAUCAACUACUGUAUGCCUGUCCAGUGGUGUAUGGAGCAGAACAUUGGCAAAGUGUCAAGUUAUUGAAUGUGCAGGAAUUGUUCCAGCUUCGUCAGUGCAACAAGUCAGCGUUGUGAAGACCUACGGUGGUAAUGCUGUGUGGAAGUGUGCAUCUGGAUUUGUGAAAACCAGUGGAAAUGAGAUACGGAGUUGCCAAGCAGAUGGAACAUGGUCAGGAACUGAACUAGCAUGUAGAGACUUGGAUGAAUGCAGUGGA